UGAUGCGCAAUGUGCGAGAAUUGAUAUUUUGGAAAUAAGAAAUGUCAUGUUACUUCACAAAAUCAUUUAAGGAUCACAUAUUAUUAUAUAUUAUCGUAAGAAGUAGAAAGAUUACCGCUUAACCAUAUGCCAAUAGCUUAAACAUAUUUUACGGAUUUAUUUCGAACACCAAUAAUACGGAUCCCAAAUCAAGUGGCAAAGUUUAACCCUUACCGUACAAGUGACCGAGCGAUUCCUGUUCGUGCAAGUUCCUUUGAGGCUUUCGAUUUUUUAAAAUCAUUCUGAAUAGGUGAAACAAACGGACGGAUUCUAGUGCUCCCGUUUGUAUGGACGAGGCAUCAACUUGUAGCUGAUACGGCGUGGCGCAAAGAUCCCGACAGAUCGGAAAGGAGAAGUCAGAAGUCAGAAGGGGGUCGACAUUGUUAUCAAGACCAUAGGUUUUAGCCAUUAUAGAUGAAUGUCACGGAAGUUUCGAUGUGAUCAUGGUGGACCACAACGGGUCUUCCAUAAAAUUCGUUACGCUGUCCGGAACAUCGUAUGUAACCGUCGACAGUGAAAAGGGAACGGGAAGAGGCGAGUGAAGAGAUGAGAAAAGGAAAGAUCCUCGUUCUCGAAGAGAGGAAAAUGCCCGGGGUAUUGCAAAAGCAGGCGAACCCAACAAUUUUUUACCGAUGUCAGCAGGUUCCAUACACAUGGAACCGGUCUACGCCACCCUAAGAAGAAAACAGAGGAGACUCGCUAGAGAGAAUCCAGGAGUACUGAUGGCAGUGUCAAGGGGUGCGAACCAAGCUAUCGUCGAAUGUCAACAUCAGUUUCGCAACAGGCGAUGGAAUUGCUCGACGAAAAAUUUUCUAAGAGGGAAAAAUCUUUUCGGCAAGAUCGUCGACAGAGGAUGUCGAGAGACUGCUUUCAUCUACGCCAUCACGAGUGCAGCAGUGACUCAUAGUAUCGCUAGGGCAUGUAGCGAAGGCAGCAUCCAAUCGUGUUCCUGUGAUUACACUCACCAGUCACGAGUAUCAUCUGCCGUUCGAGAUUGGGAAUGGGGUGGUUGCUCGGAUAACAUUGGAUAUGGCUUCAAGUUUUCUCGCGAAUUCGUCGAUACUGGCGAACGUGGCCGAAAUCUCCGUGAGAAGAUGAAUCUACAUAACAAUGAGGCCGGCAGAGCACACGUGACUUCGGAGAUGCGUCAGGAAUGCAAAUGUCACGGUAUGUCCGGGUCGUGCACGGUAAAGACCUGCUGGAUGCGACUGCCGAAUUUCCGUGUGGUCGGCGAUAACUUGAAGGAUCGUUUCGACGGGGCUUCGCGGGUAAUGGUCAGUAACUCAGAUCGAGCGCGCGUUACCAAUAAUGCCAUUACCAGCAACUCGGCGAGCAACUCCGUGCAUCAGCAUCGCGAUGGUCUCAAACGUCGGCAGCGUUACAAUUUCCAACUGAAGCCAUACAAUCCGGAGCAUAAGCCGCCCGGGCAGAAGGAUCUGGUCUACGUGGAGCCGUCGCCGCCAUUCUGCGAGAAGAAUCCCAAACUCGGCAUCUUGGGCACUCAUGGGAGGCAGUGCAACGAUACGAGCAUCGGCGUUGAUGGCUGCGACCUGAUGUGCUGCGGUAGGGGUCACAAGACUCAGGAGGUGACGGUAAUCGAGAGGUGCUCCUGCACUUUCCACUGGUGCUGCGAAGUCAAGUGUCAGCUGUGCAGGACGAAAAAGACGAUACACACAUGUCUGUGAAAAGAAAUUCGAUCGUAAGAUAUCUCGUAAUCUUGAUCAUCUUCGAUAUAACUUUCGUACAGGGUUAAACGAUCAAAGUUCGAACUUUUCCCGUUUUCGCGGUACUUCCUUGUAUAACGGUAUACGUUGAUGAAUUCAAAG